ACUUGGUAGAGUUAGAAAGAAGUUUUGUGUGCGUUGGUUUGUGAAAUAAGGAAGAAAUGGGAGAAGUUGCAGGGAAUGAGGUUUUGGAAGCUGAAACUCACAUAUGGAACCACAUCUUCAGCUUCAUCAACUCCAUGGCUUUGAAAUGCGCCGUCCAACUCGGCAUUCCCGACACCAUCGCUCACCAUGGCCGCGGCCCCAUGUCCCUCUCUCACCUCGUUUCAGCCCUUAAACUUCACCCCGAAAACUCCCAAUACCUCCAUCGCUUAAUGCGUAUACUGGCUCACUCUGGCUUCUUUACGGCACACAAAAAUGACAAAGAACAAGAAGAAGCAUACUCCCUUACCAGCUCAUCUCGUCUUCUCCUCAAAUGCAACCCUUCCUCUCUAUCUCCUUUGUUGCUUUCCAUGCUUGACCCAUUCCUCCUGCAGCCAUGGCAGCUUCUAUCCGCCUGGUUCCAUAGCCAUGAUCGAACCGCAUUUAAGAUGGCUCAUGGAAAGCAGUUCUGGGAGCACAUGGCCAGCAAGCCACGAGAUGGGGACGUUUUUAAUGCAGCCAUGGCCAGUGAUGCGAGGCUGGUGACAAGUGUUUUGUUGGGACAAUAUAAGAACAUCUUUGAUGGAGUUAAAUCGCUGGUGGAUGUGGGAGGUGGCACUGGAACUGUGGCGAGAGUCAUUGCUGAUGUCUUUCCACAAAUACAAUGUGUUGUGCUUGAUCUUCCCCAUGUGGUGGCUGACUUGGAAGGAAGCCAUAACUUGACAUAUCUUGAAGGGGACAUGUUUCAAAGCAUUCCGUCUGCGGAUGUACUUCUAUUGAAGUGGAUAUUACAUGAUUGGAGCGAUGGAGAAUGUGCAGAGAUAUUGAAGAAAUGCAAAGAGGCAAUCACGAGUAAUGGAAAGAAAGGGAGAGUGAUUCUAAUUGAUAUGGUGGUAGGCAAUAAGAAGGUGGAUGGGGACGGGGACAGGGACGGGGACGAUAUGUUUAUUGAAACUCAACUCUUUUGGGACAUGUUAAUGAUGGUGAACGUAGGUGGAAAAGAACGGGAUGAGAAAGAGUGGGUUCAGCUCUUCGAUAAGGCUGGAUUUGGUGGCUACAAGAUCUUCCCAAUUCUAGGUUUAAGGUCUCUCAUAGAGAUUUAUCCAUAGUGAUCUUUCCUUGAAUUAUAUUUGUCGAUUCUCAAGUUUCAACUAUUUUCAUGUAUGUUUAAGGUGUGUUUGUGAUUAUGUGUGGAUUGUUGUAGUCUAAAUAAAAGUUGGCUUGUUGUGAUA